CUCUUUACAAUGGAGACGCCCCUGGAGAAAGCAUUGGCCACCUUGGUGUAUACCUUCCACAAAUACUCUGGGAAGGAAGGAGACAAGUUUACCCUCAGCAAGAUGGAGCUGAAGGAACUGGUGAAGAAGGAGCUUGCUCUGGGAGAGAUGAAAGACGGCGGGAUCGACAAGCUUAUGGGGACCCUGGACAAGAACAAGGACGAUGAGAUCGACUUCAAGGAGUACACAGGCUUUCUCUCCGCCCUCUGUAUGACCUACAAUGAUUUUUUCCAGCAGGAUGCCAAGUAGGGGAAGGUUGUGCCUUUCGCUCAGGCCCAGCAUUGUCAAGACGGCAGCUUAAAAUAAAAGAGUUUUCU